AUAUAAACUGCCAUAUGUGUUCUUAUGCAAUUUUGCUCGGACUGAACUCAUUCUCAAGAUGAAAUACCUUCCUCUCCUUGCCUUGGCUACCCUGGCCAGUGCGCUGCCCGAGAAACGCGCUACGCCGUAUGGCAUUGACGUUUCUAGCUACCAGCCCACUGUCGACUGGACUACCGUUAAAAACAACGGUGUCAGCUUUGUAUAUAUCAAGGCUACUGAAGGCACAACUUAUAUCUCUCCUUCGUUCAGCAAUCAGUACAUCGGCGCGACUGAUGCUGGUCUCAUUCGUGGUGGUUACCACUUUGCUCACCCUGACUUGUCCACUGGCGCCACCCAGGCUGAUUACUUCCUCGCUCAUGGCGGUGGCUGGUCUGCUGACGGCAUCACCCUCCCUGGUGCUCUUGACAUCGAGUACAAUCCCAGCGGCAGCGAAUGUUAUGGCUUGACCGCGGCUUCGAUGGUGUCCUGGAUAAAAUCCUUCUCCGACACCUACGAGACUGCUACGGGCCGCUACCCCGUUAUCUAUACCACGACGGACUGGUGGACGACCUGCACUGGCAAUAGCGCUGCGUUCGGAACGACCAAUCCUCUUUGGAUCGCUAUCUACUCCUCCGCGGUUGGCACCCUUCCUGCUGGAUGGCAAUACGAGACUUUCUGGCAAUAUGCGGACUCUGGCACUAACCCAGGAGAUGCUGAUUUGUUCAACGGUGAUGCUGCUGGUCUCUCCAGGAUGGCGCUCGGUUCUUAGAAGGUUGGUUAUUUCUGGGUGCAGGGUUUGAAUGUGGGGUUUUGGGAUUGGAUACCCCGUGAUAUCUGAGGA